AUACCAAAAUAGUCGGGAUCCACUACCUAAGAUGUCAUUGUAAUGUUACUUAUCUGAGGUGAAACUGAAGCCCUUAUCUCUGGCUCUGGGCAGCAAUUAAGUGCGGAGGUUGCCUUUUAAAGGCAUCAAGUCCUUAGCUUGGAUCCUUGAAUACUGAACACCAUGAGCAACUACAGCGUGUCUUUGGUUGGCCCAGCUCCUUGGGGUUUCAGGCUUCAAGGUGGCAAGGAUUUCAACAUGCCCCUGUCCAUCUCUCGGCUUAACGACGGUGGAAAAGCAGCCCGAGCACACGUGGGGAUUGGUGACGUGGUUCUCACUAUUGAUGGGAUAAGUACAGACGGGAUGACUCAUCUAGAAGCACAAAACAAGAUCAAGGCAUGUACAGGCAAUCUGAAUAUGACUUUGCAAAGAGUGGCUUCUGCAACAAAACCUGAUCUUAUUCAUGUACCAAAGGGAGAACCUAAAGAAGUAGUUAAGCCUGUGCCUGUUGCCUCUGCUGCUGCAUCCAAAGUCACUGCCAUGGCCAGUGUGGCUUACAAUAAGACCCCGAGGCCAUUCGGAGCUGUGACCUCCUCAAAAGUCACCUCCAUCCCGUCACCGUCCUCUGCCUUCACCCCAGCCCAGGCGGCACCCAUGCUCCCCACCCCGGCCCCAUUUGCUGCACCAGGACUGCAUGUUAAUGCCAAGCCUAAUGCUGAUGGGCGGCCGCCCACGCCGAGCACUGCUAAACCUGCCGUUAAUGUCCCACGGCAGCCUGCCACGCACAAUGCCGCCCCAGGCGGCCAUGUCGGCGACAGCACCCAGGAGCUAGCGGAGGGGCUGCGACGAGGAUUCAGAGAGAACCAGGGUGACAAUAAACAGCAAAAUGGGAAAAUCCCACCCAAACGCCCGCCACGGAAGCACAUUGUGGACACCUAUACGGAGUUCUACCACACCCCUACUCACAGCGAUGCCAGCAAGAAGCGGCUGAUCGAAGACACUGAAGACUGGCAUCCCCGGACAGGCACUACCCAGUCACGCUCUUUUCGCAUCCUUGCCCAGAUCACCGGCACUGAUCAUAUGAAAGAACCAGAACAUGAAGGUUCAAAGAAGUCUAAGGAAAAAAAAACAGAGAAUGGAGAGCUCAGAAUACCUGCAGAUCUGCGUAGCAGAGCAGAAGCCCAGGAUACCUCUACUAAUCUGAGUAAAAGCUCCACUGCCACCCAGGCUUUGGAUAUACCACCUGUACCAGAGUUUCCAUCUACAUCUUUAAUUCCUAUGAGUGAAAAUGAUGCUAAACCAGAGUCUGCAGCCACUUUUCUGCCGAUAGCAGAGUCCUCCCCUGGCAGUGCCCCAUCUCUCAGACUCACUGACCACAUUGAUGCAACAGCUUCUGGGAGGAAAAUAACUGUGGAGUUGCCCUCUGCUGAUGCAUCAGUCCUUUUGCCAAGCACAGCUGGCACAGAGCCUCCUCUCCCUGCAAAGUGCAGUGUGGCUACACAGACCUCAGAGCCCCCUCUGCCCACUCCUACAGCCAUGCAGCCACCUUUUGCAACCCCAUCUGUGGAAGCGACUCCUGUUGUGCCUCCUCGUCCUGCCAGGCAUGAUGCAUCUGUGCCUACUUCCGAAACAAAUACUUUCGGUAAUAUCUCAAGCUGUCAGUCUAAACCAUCCAUAAGUCACACAAGCUUGUGUGCUAGAACAGAAUUUCUGGGAAGUCCUUCAGGAAGUCUGGCCAAGCUUGGACCUGCUCCUGUUCCUGUUUUUUCUCCUGUCAAGCAGAGAUCAAAAAUUAAGAGUAUGGCUGCUGCUGCUGUGUCUGCUGCCAUUGCUGUUCAUGCCAGGCUCUCAGAACCUAGUGCCUACCGCUUGCUCUUGGAUGCUCUGCUCAUCACCCCUGUCACUAAACCUCCUCUACAAGCCAGCAGGCCCUCCAGGAAGUCAACAAGUGCUCUGGAGUUGCCAAAGAGCAAGAGUGAUUCCAUGGAGCCUACUCCACCUGCCACUCAUACUGCCACUUCAGUGAGGAAUGUGUCUGCCAGCCAUGAAAGCCCAGAUCCUAGACCUACCCCCACCAACAACGCCACAUCUCCUUCAGUGCCCAAGCUAACAGGACCGCCAAGCGGUGCCAAGUACUCGGGCUGGCAGCCUCCAAGUCAAGCAGCUCCUGCCAGUGGAUGGACAUCAAACAGUAUUAAAACAUUUGGAACAACUGCUCCAAGUCAAAAGUUUGAAACAGCCCCUCAGCUAACAGAACAGGACACAUUGGUUCAAAGGGCAGAGCAUAUUCCAGCAGGAAAGCGUACUCCAAUGUGUGCACAGUGCAAUCAAGUCAUUAGAGGACCUUUCUUGGUGGCCUUGGGGAAGUCAUGGCACCCAGAGGAAUUUAACUGUGCUCACUGCAAAACUUCCAUGGCUUACAUUGGAUUUGUGGAAGAGAAAGGGGCUCUGUACUGUGAGGUCUGCUAUGAGAAGUUCUUUGCACCUGAGUGUUCCAAGUGCCAGAAGAAGAUCCUUGGAGAAGUAAUAAAUGCUUUGAAACAAACUUGGCAUGUUUCCUGCUUCGUGUGUGUGGCCUGUCAUAACCCCAUCCGCAAUAAUGUCUUCCACUUAGAAGAUGGUGAUCCCUACUGUGAGAUGGAUUACUAUGCCCUCUUUGGUACUAUGUGUCACGGCUGUGAAUUCCCCAUUGAAGCUGGAGACAGGUUCCUUGAAGCCCUUGGCCACACUUGGCAUGACACUUGCUUUGUAUGUUCGGUAUGUAAUGACAGUUUGGAGGGUCAGGCUUUCUUCUCCAAGAAGGACAAGCCACUCUGCAAGAAACAUGCUCACUCUGUCAACAUCUGAUUCUUGGAGCUCAUCUUGUUUAGCAAACGUACUGAGCAGAAGGAAAGGUCAAAAUGUCAGUGUUCAAUAAUUGGUUAAAAUUAUUUAUGUAUGCUAUGUUAAAAAUGGAAGAGAAAUGUGGAAAUAGGUGUUUGUACGCUAUUUUUAAAGUCUUUAUCAGUUAGGGAUUUGCUUCAUAAAAAGAUGGGAAUUGGGAAUCAAACCCAAGCCUUUACAUCUGCAUUUGGCAUAUUACUGGGUUCAUGAUUUUAUGACCACAUUUAUAUAUAUUUACAUAUGAGGAAGGAAACUUCUCUAAAAAUAAAUACCUGAUACUAAUGUGUUGGUUUUGCUGCUGUUCAACAAACGAAAGGAGAUUGGCUUCAGUGAUCCAGAUCACUUUAUUUUGCUGAUGUUUUUUUAAAGUGUAUCUAGAAGUACUGAAGCUAAACUCCAUUAAAAAGGAACUCAAAGCAAAAAUAGGCUUACUUGGUAUGUAUGCAGUUCAACAACUGAUAAUUUCAUCUGAUGCUCUGAUUUAUGAACCCAUAUCUGCGCCUUUAGCAGUGAAGUCUCUGAUGGGCCUGCAGAGUACAUAUGUUUUUACAAAGCAGUUAAGCAUAGGUGGCUACACAAGCAAACAGGAGUGACUUAGAAGAGGCCACUUGAAAGAAAGCAUAGAUGAGAUACUGUUUCUUACAUCAUGGCAUAUAUUACCAGAACACUAGCCAAAACAAAGUGCUAGUUGAGGUGCAUUUGACAAGAUAGAAAUGUCAGAUCAGAUCUUCAGUAUAAGGAAGUGGGAGUCUACUGUUCACAGCUGAAGUUUUAGGAAGUUUUCAAUGCCUCGGGAAGGAAAAAACAUUGAAUCUACGCAUAAAAGUGUUUAUAACUUCAAUGUGAUGCUUUGGUGUUUAAUGAGGGAAACUUCUGAAAUGCAACUGAGGACAUUGUUUUUCUCUUAGUACACUAUUUAUGAUGUAGCUUAUAAAUACGUAUAUUGGUGGUGUGCCAGGUAGUGUACUGAAAACUUAUUUUCUUGCUCAGCUGUUAAGAUUUUUAUUAGUUUUGCUUUUUUCUCUCCUUUCCAGCAGAUGCAAGGAAUAUAUUAUUAAAUAAUGUAACAUUGA